AUGGCAUCUUUUUCAAGAACAGUUUUUAAAACUUUGAAAAAAAAUAAUAUUCUACAAUGUCGUACAUAUGUUAAUCCAUUUACGAGAACUUGGAAUAUUUUAACCAAAGAAGCUAAAUCGGGUUUCAAAAAAAACUAUGACUAUGAAAUAGAGCAUACAGAUAUUGUAGUUAUUGGUGGUGGCUUUAUAGGAUCCUCUGUAGCAUACUGGUUGAAAACCCAAGCAGGAGAAGGAUUAUCAGUAGUGGUUUUAGAUAAAGAUCCUAUAAACAAAAAAACAAAAAAAUUAUACUCCCAUGGAGUUUUGGGUCAACACUAUUCCUUACUCGAAAAUAUUUAUCUUUCCCAAUAUAGUGGAGAAUUUUUAAGGAAUGCUAAAGAACAUUUAGUUGAAGGAAUUGAUAUACAAUUUUAUCCAAAUGGUUAUCUAACCUUAGCCAGUGAAAAGUAUGCAAAUAAACUGGAGAAUAAUGUGUUAUUGCUUAAAGAAUCUGGUAUAAACAAUAAAAUUCUGACAGUUGAAGAAAUACAAAGGGCAUAUCCAUGGAUUGAUACAACUGGGAUUAAACUUGGUUGUGUUAGUACAGAGUCAGAAGGAAUUUUCGAUGCCAAUGCCUUGCUCAAUGGGUUUAUAGUUAAAUCCAAACAAUUAGGUGCCUGUUACAUUCAGGGUGAAGUUGUAGGCUUUGACAUAGAAAGACAGCAUGAUGCUUUAAUGGAAGGUGUUCCUUUUGGUUCACAUAAGAAAACAAACAAUUUGACCUAUAAAGCUGAAGAUGGACAAGAACGCAACCUUAAGUUUGCAAUUUGCAUUGUUGCUGCUGGUCAUGAAUCAAACAAUAUUGCAAGAUUACUGAAAAUUGGAUUAGGUGAUGGCUUAUUACAAGUUGGUUUGCCAAUUGAAAAACGGGAGUACAAUGUGUAUUCUAUAGAAGAAACAAACAAUAAUGUGAAUUCAGAUUUAAAUAGCCCUUAUGUGAUGGACACAAGUGGGUUAUGGUUAAUAAAAAAUGGUUUGAGCAAUAAUGUAAUAUGUGGUCAAAUCCCUAGCUUUUUAAAAGAUAUUGAUAUGUCCGCCAAAGAACAUAUGUUCCAAACAUCAUUAGCAACUAGAUACCCAAAAUUUUCAAAUUCUGAGGUAAAACCAUUGUCAACAGAAAUUGUUGAUUGCAAUACUUAUGAUGAUUCUGGAAUAUUGGGAGCCCAUGUAUAUCAUAACAAUAUAAUAUUUGCUGCUGGUUUUGGAAGACAAGGUGUACAACAUUCCCCUGCAAUUGGAAGAGCAGUGGCAGAAUUAGUAAUUGAAAGCCAAUAUACAACAAUAGAUCUAACAAGAUUUGGUUUUGAUAGGUUAUUAAUGGAUCAACCAUUAAUAGAGUCAAAUAUGUAUUGA